UUCCCACUGCUGGGAACAGUCAAACGAGGCUGAACCACAAAGUGAAAGUAUUUUCUUAGCUCGUGAGAUUUGCCACUUGGACUGGACUAUAGGGAGAUUGGAAUCAAAUUGAGAAAGGCCCUAACAUGGCAUUGGUCUUCAGCUUGUCCACUCUCGUGUUUCUCCUCAUCACUAGGAUGGAGACAUCCAAAAGUCUAAGUCAGGGCCCAAAGUUGAAGCAGGUCGUCCAGGUGGACUCUGGGAAGGAUGCAGUCCUAGAGUGCUCUGUGAACAUCAGUGAAAAAUCCCCUGGUAAUGUAAACAUAGAGAAGGUCGUGUGGUGGAGGCUGGACCAGAAUGGUUUUCACAAAGUUGAACCUGUGUUCAUAUGCAUAUUCAAUCAACAAUCCUCCAAUCCCAGGUUGCAGCUGAACCCAAAAUAUCAGCUUCCCAUGCCACCUGCCAAUGAGAGAGACAAAGUUGUGUCCCUGUUGGUCAAAGAAACCCAGCCUGAAGACGAGGGUCCGUAUGAGUGUGUGGUGAACACUGACAGUGGAAUCACAAAUUGUAACUUCAUGCUGAAUGUCACAGGUAACCUCACAGGUCAGCUCACAGUGUUCCAGUACGAGACCAGCACUGAAAAGGAGAUUCCAAAGAACAGUUACAUGAGUGUGGCUGCUGUAUUUGUGGUAGUAGGCUCUCUUGCCAUUGGACUGCUGCUUCUCAAGCUGUUUCAAGCCAGAAGACUCAGACAAGAGCCUCAGGAUACAGCAGUCCCAGCAGAGCACAAGCCCAGCACCAGGACAGGACCGUUUCCGUAGCGACAGAUGCAUUAUCAGGGGUGCCAUGGGCUGUCGGUGUCAUGACUGCUCUGUCUCUCACGUCACAUCGCUAACUGAAUGUGAAUGCUUUGUCUGGAGAAGGGAGCGCUCUGGCUCAACACUAUUCUGGUCCCCCUCUGCAGGAGAAAUGGAGUGCACGCAUUGUCCUGCUACCAAGCUAAUUGUUAGCAGUAUUGUCUGUAGUUGUUAAUCACACCAGACUAUUCUUUCAUAAUUGUUUUAUAUAUUGUAACUAAAACCUGAUAUGAAACAAAUGCACAUAUUUAGUGGACAUUGAUUCGACAGUGAAGACACUAUUGUGAUACAGUAGCAGUGUGUGAAAUUGAUCUUGACAGAACACAUUUACUUUGUGCAUCACAAUUUUAAUAAGUAAUUUAUUCAGAAGCCAAUAUUGUGUUUUAGUUCAUUUGAGAGUUGCUUUAGUUGACAAAUGCCAUGUUUUUUAUUGUUACAAAGUGGGAUUCAAUUUUUUUUUAAUUGUCAUUUUUUUUGUAAACAAUCUACAUAAAAUACUCAGUCAAAGUGGAAGAAAAAAUCUAACAUUGUUUUCAAAGAUGAAUUAAAAAUAACACAAAAAUACUGUAGCGACCCGAACAGCCGUGUUAUGUAUUAUGCUGUUGGUUUUGUUGUACUUACCAGUACGCAGUGUUCACGGGGUCCGACAUGCCAGUCAAUCUGCUAUCUGCCAACCACGGGAAUGCCUGGAAUGUUCUUGUGCCGGGCAUCCUGGUGGCUGGUGGAGCAUCGCAGGUUUAAGGCCAUGUUUAGCCAUUGUUCUCUCUCUUACUUCUGGUCUUCACAAGAGAUGGUCACGGUUGUUUAUAUGGAUAUCCUUCAUUUAUUUGGCGUGGGCUUUGGCCAAACAGUAGCCUGUGUGGAGUUGGGUUAAUAAACCGUGAAUUCGUCAACUCAA